UCCUCUAGCACAAGCUGUCUUUCCCUUCAUUCUAACACCGUGACGCCUCUUUCUCACUCCGCGUCUUUACGCAUUUGUCCGCCGCGCGGCCGUUCGGCUGUUUGGUUUUCCAGUCAGUCGAUUAUUUGCAGCGUUGUGCGCUUCCGCCGUUGAUCGUGACCUUACGUGCUUCGGACAAACAUCCAGCUCCUUCGGUUGACCUGACCAACACGUCUCCUCGCUCGUGAUGUACGCCUGUGCUAAGUUCGUCUCCACGCCCUCUCUGAUCCGUGCUGGAUCCCGGGCUCUGUACAGACCUCUCUCUGCAGCCGUAGUGUCAGAUGGCAGGAAAUCAGAUACUGCUUCCCUCCUGGCACCACAGAGCAGCGUAGCCUCUGGACAGCAGCUGGCAGUACGAGGAUUUCAAACCAGCGCCGUGAGCCGUGACAUCGACACCGCUGCCAAGUUCAUCGGCGCCGGAGCUGCCACCGUGGGAGUGGCUGGGUCCGGAGCUGGGAUUGGAACCGUGUUCGGCAGCCUCAUUAUCGGAUAUGCAAGAAACCCAUCUCUGAAGCAGCAGCUCUUCUCUUACGCCAUUCUGGGAUUCGCUCUGUCUGAAGCCAUGGGUCUCUUCUGUCUGAUGGUGGCGUUCCUCAUCCUGUUCGCCAUGUAACCUGGUCGAGCGUCUGCCGUGAAAGAACACACCACAAUGUGAAUGAGAAUUAGCCGGAGGUUCACUUCAGCCUCCUUUGUUGCUUGUCCUUGUUGAUUCGUGGUUUGUGAUCGAUAAUGAAUCCACCAUGUACGGAACUCUAAUGAACCCAGAUCACUUUAAUGAGGGUUUGUCAAAAAUAUUGUAUAUUUACUCUAAAGUUUUUGUUAACAACAAACACGCAACGAUGAACAUCAGUAAAGCUUUUAAUUCCUCAG